GGCUGCACAGACGUUGUUUAGUCGUGUGUGCGAGUUAAGAAGGACAAGUUGGGGUCAACACGAAAUACCACAAACCUCUACGUACACUCAACCAAAUCCCUAUGGUGCACAAGGAUAUUCAAUGUAUAUUCCAGUAAGUGAAAUUCGUUGUAGCUUGAUUGAUCAGUCGAUUAUAAUUUGUCAUGCCAAAUAUAAAACAAAAAACGAUGGAUAAGUCUUGAAGCGAAGAGAAUGAAUUGGCAGAUCUGCAAGCUAUCUACAGUAUACAGUACAGUACAAACAUAGGCCAACGAAAAUCGUAUCGUGCACUUACGAAUUUCUCAAUCUGAAUAAUCUUAAUGUGAGAAAUACCAAGUUAUUAUAGCUGUCUUUGUCCAUAAUAAACUGGUUAAAAUAUACUUUAUACUUGCAGAACAUCGAUGAUAUGUUGGAAGAGCAAGCUCCUGAUUUACCCGUGUUCGUUGAUGGUAAUUUUAUCCAUUACAUUUAUAUUUAGCUGUAAGCAGUUUUGCCACAUACAGGGAUGCUGGAACUGGAGGGGGGCAGGAGGGGCAGCCGCCCCCGUUGCCCUUUACCAGGAGGGGCAAGGGGGGCAUUUAAGGAUUGCCUUGGCGAAAUAGCGAAUUGUCAGAAAUGUUAGUGCAAUUAUUUUACGAAUUUGCUUCAGAAAACGCAAGAAAUGCAGUCAUCGAGCUUCAAGAAUAGCACAAUCGCCUGGCGGAGAACCCCCUCACACCCCUAUCAUCCAAUGAAUAGAAAACAUGAUUAGGCGAAGUUCAACUCCCGAUGUUUUGUAAACAUCUCUUAGUAUAUAUCAAUUCAAAAGUGCCCUUUCACGAAAAUCUGCCCCCCUUGCCUUCACAUGGUUCCGGCGUCCCUGGCCACAUAUUAUUCACAUUAAACAACUUUAUUCUUUGGCAUAUUUCGUGUUUUGGUGACACUAUUUUUUGCUUGCAGCUUCUACAAAAACAUGUAAACGUUGGAUUUGUUUCCAUCUACCAUAAUUAUGUCAUACUCGCACAUUUAAUUGCAGGUGAAAAUAAGUUGGGGUGCGAAAUAUGGGGCGCGAAUUUAGAUCGCCAACAUACAUGUUAGUAUAAAUUCGUCUGUUAGUAUACAAGUUUAUUACUUAAAUCUUUCAUACUAAUUUGUCAAAUUUACCCUUGAAUCGUGUAUUUCCAAAUUUCGGUGGAGUGCCCAUAAACAACAGCCUGAGAACGAGGCUUCGUACAAAGUUGUAAUAUUUCUAUAGCAAAUUUAGCAGGAAGACACGACUUGGCGUUAUUAACUGGAGCGUAAUUCUGAAAUGGCCUAUUUUAGAGGGACUGGUCAUUAUUCAUGGGGGGAGGGGGCAUCGAAGAGAAAAUGGGUGAGUAUAAAGAAGAUUUUCGAUGAGUAAAAGGUUGGGUCAGAAAAAAUUAGACCAGGCAAAGGGCUGGGUAGACAAAAAAUCACUGUAUCUCAAAAUUAAAAUACUAAUAAAAUAAUAAUAACCGUAUUAGUAUAAUUGUAUAUAGUAUGUAAUUGUUCAACGCAAUCCCCUAUAAACUUAAAUUCGUUUGUGGUGUAAUCUUUUGGAUACAUAUCCUCAUUAACAAGCUCUUUUUCUAUUUAUAAUCUGUUCCUUUACAGUGGGUUCCUCACAAAAGCAAUGCUUCAUUGACUUAGUGUUUUGAGGCUCGCUCACACUUACUGUACCAACAUCUUUGAAGUUUCACAUCCGCUGGAAAGACCUGAUACAAAUUAUACCUUUCGAGUUUGAUAUUUUUCUUGGGAAUUACGCCGGCAUGAUACGACUGAAAUGUCUUGUGAAAUUAAAAUUUAACGGUGGGUCUAAAAUUUUCAAGAUGAAGUUGGGUGAAGGAAAUUAUUUCCUCGUUAAUGGUUGGGUCAAUAGAAUAGUCGGCUAAGAAAUUAUUUCUCUUCGCCCCUCCCCCCUUCCACAAAUAAUGACUGGUCCCCUAUUUACUCGUUCCCUACAUAUAUGUUUUUCGUAUCUCAUAUAUUUAUACUUUAGAACAGUGGAAUGAAUACGCCACUGAUAAAAGUAGCCAAGACGACAAUCAACUAAGUGCAGAUUUCUUUCGAAGGAUGUGUAUGGAACAAUAUGGACAUUAUGUACCAUUCGCGUGA